AGGUUACACACUCCAGUCAGUGUCAGAGGAAGCAGCUCUGGUCUCACCCAUCACCUGCCUUUCAGCCAAACACUCCAGCUGUCAGAUGGAAAGAAACGGAAGAUGGAUGAUGAUGGCUGUCGUCGUAAUGUGUGUCCUGGUGAACGAUGCUGACUCUUCUCACUGUGCAUGGGAGAACGAAAAUGAGCAAGAACAUGGACAAGCAUGGCAACAAAACAGUGAAGAAGAAGAUGGAAGAGAAGAUAAAAGCGAAGAGAAGAUAAAAAGAGAACGCAUGGAAGAUUGCGUGGAAGACAUUGUCAACAUCACAAAAGCUGAUCCGCCAUUAGAUGACUUCAUGAGGCAUGGGGAUAAACUGAGGAAGUUUGUGGAAAAGAAGCCCAUUGGCCGCUCUGAGUCAUUCUCAAAAGAUAACGUCUUCGUGUAUCUCUACAAACCGGACAAGAAGUUCAGAGGUACCCGUCUUCAUGCCAGCGACACUCCGGCUGGUGUGGCUGCUGAGGGUGGUGCUGAGGCUGAGGAUGCCGACAGCAGCAGGGUGCAUGUGGACCUGCCAACGGAGCUCCUGGAGGAUGGAGAACAGAACAGCAUUGUCUUCUGUGUCAUCAACUCAGUCCCUCAGCCAGAGAACUGGAAUGUGCUAGAUGGGCGUGUGUAUGGACUCAGCGUCUCCAAUAAGACCAUUCAAGGAUUACAGGAGCCCAUCAACAUCACAGUUCCUCUGCAGAGCAUUAAUGGCACACUGAAACCACUCUGUGCCUUUUACAACUUCUCAAACAGCGAUUUCAGUAUGGAUGGGUGUGUGACGCAUUGGAGUGAGGGGGACGUACAAGUGAUCUGCUCCUGUGACCAUCUCACCUACUUCGCCAUACUCAUGGUGGUGAGGGGAAGUGAAAACCAGGUGGUGAAGGACCAUGAGCAGUCUCUGACUUACAUCACCCUAAUUGGCUGCAGCAUCUCCAUUGUCUUCCUCAUCUGCACCGUCCUCCUCUUCCUCAUACAGAGACAUAAGCAGAAGUUUGACGUCUCCAGGCGUGUGCACGUGAACUUGGCUGCUGCCCUGAUCCUGCUGAACGGCCACUUCCUACCCAGCUCCUGGGUGGCGUCUCUGGCAGCCCCUGCUGGCUGUGUGUAUGUUGCGCUGGCGCUGCACUACUCCCUCUUGGCCACAUUGGCCUGGAUGGCAGUAGAGGGCUUCCACCUCUACAUGCUGCUGGUCCGAGUGUUCAAUAUCUACAUCAGGAGAUACCUGCUCAAGCUGGCUCUGUUCGCAUGGGGGGUACCUGCUGUGGUGGUAUUGCUGGUCUACGUCAUUGACAGAGAUGCUUAUGGACUCCCCACUGCCUCCAACAGCACCACACUAGAAAUGUGCUAUGUGCAUAACGAUGCUGUGAAGUGGGUGAGUGUGUGUGUGCCGGUGGCGCUGCUCUACCUCUGCAACGGUGCCGUGCUACUGGUGACGGUGCGACAGCUGUGGCGCAUGCGUGCGAGUGGCGCCUCCUCUGGUCAGGACCGGAAAGGCGCCUGCAGUAUCAUGGGCUGGAAGGACGCCUGCAGCAUCAUGGCCCUCUCCUGUAUGCUGGGCGUGACCUGGGGCAUCGGCCUGCUCAGCUCCCUCUCCCUCACCGCCAUGUACCUCUUCUGCAUCCUCAACUCCCUACAAGGUGUCUUCAUCUCUGUCUGGUUCUUUGCAUCGCGACGGUCUCAAAGCAAAAACACAGAGAGCACCACCAGCACACACACACACACAUAG